AUCUUAUGUCCAAAUCUUAGACUAUGGUUACUCUUAAAUAUGGAUAGUAGAACUAAACCAAUUGCACAAGUCAUAGUUUAAAGUUAGGUCCAGUAAUCCUGGUUUGGCUAGAUUUGAACAUCAUGAGAAGCUGUGGCAGGACUACAACAGAGCAGAACUCCUCUCUAGAGGGUAACUUUUCCUCUUAAUGUUAAACCUUGUUUUAGUUUAAGUGUUGCAUCCAAACUCAUAUCCAUGUUUAUACACAUCUCCUUUGUUAAAGUACUGUAAUUCACCUUUGUAUCUGUAUCUGUUGAGGUGUUCCCAUCCCCAUUCAUUUUUUAAAAAUAAAUCCCGAUUUUCAGUUUGAUUCUUACUUGUGUUGUUUUAAACUUUCACAGUUUCAACAGACAUUUAAAGUGGAGUCUCGGAACAUAAGCGUAAGCAUUCGUAUCGUGAAGUAUAUCAGGUUGUGAUAUACAAUUUUUCAAUUGUGAUAAAAACACUACAAACUGCACGGAUGUUGACGGUGGUAUUCCAAAAUGUGAAUGUAUAAAUGGCCUGGAUAAGGUGAACUCAGAAGACAAAGCUUGUCGAGUUUGUCACCAAAGCUGUUCUGCAGAAAACAAUAGAUUCUGUCUCAUAAAAGCAAAUCUCAUCCCUGGUUGCCGAUGUCUGCCAAAUUUCAAGGAAAAGGAUGGAGAAUGUAAAGCGUGCGGCAUUGGGUUUUCUGGAGAAGACUGCCAAGACAGUUACAUGGCCAUCAUCAUAGGAAUAUCUACCUUCUGCGGCGUUCUUCUGGUGGCUUUAAUUGGUGUUACAACUUACGUCUUAAUCAGAAAACAGGACCCUAAACAUCGAGAAUUGAUAAGCAAUGAAUAUUCAACCCUGGACAAUCCUUUUGGAGAUCCUCCUGCCACAAACUUAGCUGAAAGUGGGAUAAUCUUCCCUAGAAUCCGAGCUACGAAUGGGGCACAAUGGAGCAGAGCCACGGCUGAGAACCCAACCAAUUUCUAUGAAGGAGGAGCUGCAAAUAGAGGCUACUUUCCUGAGCAAGAACAUAGCAAUGAUAAUUGGCUAGAAAUGCCUUCCAAAUACUGAGUCCAGCUGAAGAGCAAGGAAAAA